CUUCAUCCUUUUACCAACUCGAACGCCAUUUCAUGACUGACCUUUCAAUUGGCUUCUAUGUGGCUUUUAUUUCGCUCUAAGCACAAAAAAUUGGUUCUCAAAUGCUUUCCUUCAAGAAAAUUAGGAGGAUCAGAACCUAACGGCUCACCUUUAGCAUACUUGAGCUACUAUGCCGCAUCAAAUUCAGGGAAAUUGAAGAAGGUCAUUCGGUAUUUAAGUCGUCUUACUCAACACAUCGUAUAUAGGAGAAGGGACAAUGAAACGGUCAUCGCUUUGAAGAUUUGUCGAACUUUGAUUCAAAAGUGCCCGGAGAAUGUCAUGAUAAUGGCUUCAGAGAUUGUUAAAAUAUUGUUGGCUUCUAGCAAUCUCAAAAGUUUGGACGUUCAGAACAUGUCGGUGGAUUGCUUUGCUGCCUUUUGCGAACGUAGCGCUAAAACAAAUUCUACAGCUUUUGGAAAUGAAUUUUAUAAAUCUUUCGAUGAAUUGGUUUCUUUUUAUUUUGACCUGGCCAGAACUGACAGUCCCCCAGAUCCUCAGCAAUCAAGAAUGUUAGGCUUGAAGGCAUUUCACGCAUUGACAUCUUGCAAGCUUUCUGAUGUUGAAGGCAUUUCACGUAACCAACCUCAUUUUGUUAUUCAUGCUUUCCUAAGUAACGCUUGGAGCAAGAAUGAAAUGACUCAACAGAGUUUUAUUGACAUGGUGCGCUCAACAGCGCAAACAUUCAGGCCGUUACCCCCUAGUACUACUGGUAUAUCUUUACCGGAGCAUGAUGAAGUUGGCGACACUGUAGAGAUCGCGAAUAAAAAACUCUCGCUGAGGGUUUUAUAUAAUAUAUAUACUCAGACGAAUCCUGUUUUCAUGAUAGAAAGCACGAAGUCUCUAAUUCACUUUUUCGCUAGUAAUCCUAAUACUCGGAUUAAUCAAAACUACAUCUCUGUUGUGCUCAACCAAAUAGUUGAGUGGACUUCAGUUGAAUUACGCCAUUCCAUCUUUUUUUGCUGUUUACGCUGUCUCCAAAGCAGCCGCAUCCAAUUCGCAAAUACCAAUGUUUUGGUUCCCUAUAUGAUUCAUUCUAUCCUUAACUCGCAAAAUUCCAUUCCAAGUCUUUCUGUGAUUGACGUCCUCAGAGAGCUAGAGUUUCAUCUACUAGUUGCAAUUGAGAAUACACAAGCUAGUGAUUUUGAAUGGUACACGUUAUGUGAAUUUCCGGCUGAGCGAUUGCCUCAACGUUUAUAUUUACUUCUGUUAUGUAUCACUUCCUUAAUCAAACAUCAAUAUUACAACGAAGAGUUUGCUGAUGUUUGGAGAGAGAUGGAUUCACUUUUAAGCGAAAAAGCUACAACUGCAACUCAGCUGGUUGUGCUUACGGCUUUGAAUACGAUGCAAAUGGAACAAAUGAGAAAGGAAAGACCAUCUUCAGUUGGUACACUUUCGUUUAUUGCUGACUUCUUGUACCGGGCUUGGCCAGUAUCUUUUCAGCGAGUAUAUAUUUCGGAUUCUCCAUUUGUUCGCUUGAAAACAGUGAAUGUUUUUUUUGAGUUUUUGAAUAUUCUACCUACUUCCAUUUUUGACUUUCAUUCAGUUUUUGGAAAAAGUACAGUAUCUUAUUUUUCUGCUUUAUGGAGUUUCAUCUACGAAAUAAGUGGACAAGUGGAGAAAUGGCUUGGAAAAUUCUCCUCCUUAGGAGAGUUUGAGGCUGUACGUAAAUUAUCACGAAAAUUUUAUGCUCUUUAUGGACCUAUUACUGUCGCUGCUUUUCUCCCUUUACUUUAUCGCGCUUUAAAUGCGACAAAAGGAAAAUAUUUGGUUACCCAUCAAGCUUUAAUUACCGAUUAUCUUCUGUACGUUUCUGAUUGUCUGAGCAACGGGACUUUAAAAAUGAUGAGCUUGAGGUGGAAAGAGUCUCUUCCCUCUGAUUCUCUUUCAAUUUUGAAUUACGAUGGCACGGUGACCAGAAGUUUAUGGGAGCCACUACCCUCAGCUGCUACUAGCAGCGUUUUUCUUUCACUUGAAGCGGUCGUUUCAGAAUUAUUACAAGAAAACCCUUCAGUCUAUCCUGAGGAAUCAAAAGUUUUAUUUUUGGAAAAAUCUUGGCAUCCGAAAUAUUCGAGUUUUUAUGAAAAACUACAGAAACCUACCCAAACAGUUACUUUGUCUUCUUCAUCCGAAAAUUCAUUUUCUAAUGGAUCGCCGAUGUCAGACUUCAAUCCGAACCCGAUUAUGCAUCACAAAAACCAAUCAGCUGCAAAAGUCGACAAUCAGAAUCCUAGAAACGAGAAAAUUUUGACGUUAAAGCAAGCUUUGGAAUGUCCACCAAGUGCCCGAACAUCAUCGGGUUUGCGUACGCCGUCUGAAAUUACACUAUCAUUGCGGUCUGCUAGCCCUGUUCCGCUGUUGGAUAUCUUUAAUAUAAAUAAUUCUCUCUCAGCUGCGACUAUCCAACAUCCUCCUUAUGUUAACAUAUAGACUUUGUUUUACAUGUUUUGUAUAUGUGAAAUUAUCAUAAAAUUAUUGCUUUCUUUUUGAUGUCGUUCUAAGUGAUCGAUAGAAGUUAUCAGUUAUCCGGUUAAUAUGUAUGUACCUAUAAUUAUCACUUCAAAUACAUUUGUCAUAUUAGAAUUAUGGUUUUCGCUUAUCUAGAGAUGAACAGACCAUCUGGUCGUGUGCAUAGAUAUACACAAAGCCUUCUUUGUAAGUGAUGUUAUGUUUAGCGGGUUUGUAAUUUGCUUUACAAUAUUUUUGAAAAUUCUUCCUCUCCAUAAAGCACCACUUUUUAGCCUUUUCAGAACCUUCCGCAUACAACAAGCUCUUUAUAGAUUAUUUGGGUGUCCAUACACUUACAUCAACUAUACCAUAAAUUUUUUUUUAAAAUAUCAAUUACUAAAUUAAUUCAAUCCUAAACAACCAACUGAUAGGAGUGACUAGUAAAGACCUGAUGAUGGUAAUCAUCAAGUACUUUACUUCUUACCACCAGCCUUUUGGGCAGCCUUGGUAACCUUAGCUUGACCAGGGGCAGUCUUCUCGACGGCCUUGAUGACACCGACAGCGACGGUUUGACGCAUGUCACGGACGGCGAAACGGCCAAGAGGAGCGUAGUCAGUGAAAGCUUCAACGCACAUAGGCUUAGUAGGAACCAUUUGAGCGAUGCAAGCAUCACCGGACUUGACGAACUUGGGAGAUUCUUCAAGCUUCUUACCGGUACGACGGUCAAUCUUCUCAAUGAGCUCAUUGAAGCGGCAAGCAAUGUGAGAAGUGUGGCAGUCCAAAACAGGAGAGUAACCAGCAGAGAUUUGACCGGGGUGGUUAAGAAUGAUGACUUGAGCGGUGAAGUUAGCACAGCCCAUAGGGGGGUCAUUCUUAGAGUCACCAGCAACGUUACCACGACGGAUGUCCUUGACGGAAACGUUCUUGACGUUGAAACCAACGUUGUCACCAGGGAGACCAGCUUCAAGAGAUUCGUGGUGCAUUUCGACGGACUUAACCUCAGUGGUGACACCAGAAGGAGCGAAGGUGACAAUCAUACCGGGCUUGAUAGUACCGGUUUCGACACGACCGACGGGGACUGUGCCAAUACCACCGAUCUUGUAGACAUCUUGAAGAGGAAGACGGAGGGGCUUCUCGACGGGACGUGCAGGGGGCUCAAUGGCGUCAAUGGCUUCCAAAAGAGUCUUACCCUUGACAACACCAGCCUUGGUCUCCUUUUGCCAUCCUUGGUACCAGGUCAUGUU